AUUUACAAUUUUGUAGUAAUUGAUUUUGUCUUUCCCAUUUCUCUUUUAUUCUUUCUAACGUCAAAUACACAGAUUUGCGGCAGCAACCGAGGAAUAUUGCAGGAUGAGCAGCGGCAGGGAAGGUCGACGACGUCGCAUAGUCGACAGAGGAACCGAUCGUAUAGCCCUAAUCACCGGCCAAAUCCGAACCCUCCCAUCCGAUUCCGAAUCCGAUCAAUCGCACGGUUCCCACUCCCACACCGCCUCAUGUCCGCCGUCGAUUUCUCAGUCCCACGACGCUGCUUCCCCCCAGACCCAGGAUAAAUCCUCGGGCUCACUGCCACCAAGUCUUGACUCUGUCAGUGAAAUUAGCGAGCAUUUUAUGACUGGGGACAGAGGUGGACCAAUUAUGCGCGAAUGUGAGAGUAGCAUGGAAUCCUCUAAAGUAUCUUCCUUUGAUCUUGAUGGCAAAGGAUCACCAGCUCAGGAUCCUCAGCUUUUUGUCUCCCAGAAAGGCCACUAUUUUGAGGCAAUAUCUCAUUUUCACAAAAUUGUUUCACCUAAGGCAGUGAAAUCGGAAAUUGUAGCGACAGAGAGUACUCGCACUUUGUGUGCCCUAGUGGUGGCCAUACUAGUAGUUUUGGCUUCUGUGGGGUUUCCAAUAUUAGGUAGCAGCUUUUUUAAGAGCGUUGUAUUUUUCAGACCACUUUAUCUACUUCUCUUGACCAAUGUAACAAUUGUAGUAGCACGGCUUCUAGAAAGGCAAAGAGGUUUAGCGAGGCCUGAACAGCAACCAACCAGCAGUCCUUCGGUUGGUGAGACUGGCUUGGCUGAUCAACUUGGGAGUGCUCUGGAAUUGGCAUUCCUUUUGCAGGAUGUCACAGGUGCGAUUUUCAUGGACUGUAGCGUUUAUGCAGUAACGGUUAUUUGUGGCCUUUCUUUGGCUGGAAAACUCGACUGGUAAAAUUUGUUUUGGCUUUGUCAUGUAGCAGUUAAUAAUCUCUGCCGAGGAGUUGUUGUCAUUUGGAGCUUUUACUGUGCUUCAAUGUAGAAUGUAGAAUAAUGCCUCAAAUAUUUAAGAUAGUUAAAAUUAGUUCUUCAUCAUUUUGUUAAUUCAAAUUAUAAUGCUUUGAUUCAAA